AGAAGAAGUGACGUAGCGUCUCUCCGCUGGUCCCAUUGGCUGUCCCAGCUCCCGCAGCCGUCCCGUCCUCACGGAAUCAGCGCGUCUGCGCUUCAAUCUUCAUCUUUUAGUUUUAUUCACACAUUUGAUCCGAUAAUAUUUAGAUUUAUAUUUCGGACGGAAAUAUUAUUAAUACCAUUUUAAUGUUCGCUUCAAAGGACAUCAGCUGAUCCCGUCACACCGAGAGGAAGAGGAGCGCCGCCGCCAGCUGAUCCCAGGACGGAGAGCGAGCACAUCCUGUCUGACAUGAACUCUGCCAUUAGCUUCACCUUAGCUCGAGUUUUUCUGCUGUAGAUCGAUACAGGAGCUGGUCUACAGGAGCUGGUCUACAAGAGCUGGUCUGCAGGAGCUGGUCUGCAGGAGCUGGUCUGCAGGAGCUGGUCUGCAGGGUGCCGGUCCUCAGGAAGGCCCGUCAGGUGGAGCUGCAGUGACUGACAGAGGGCUGCCCGGCUGCACGUCCACAUGGGGAACAGUGCACUGAAGUCUCACCUGGAAACCUCCCAGAAGACCGGGGUGUUCCAGCUGACAGCGAAGGGGCUGCAGGAGUUUCCAGAGGAGCUGCAGAGACUCACCGGAAACCUGCGGACGGUGGAUCUGUCGGGGAACAAGAUCGAGGUUCUUCCUGCCGCCAUCGGGAACUUCCUGCAGCUCAAGAGUCUGACGCUCAACUCCAACCGGCUCAGCUGCGUCCCUGCUGAGAUCUCCAGGCUGAAGAAGCUGGAGACUCUGAGUCUGAAUGGGAACCGGAUCCAGCAGCUGCCCCCCACUCUGGGCCAGCUCAAAGCCCUGCGGACCCUCAACCUGUCCGGGAACCAGAUCUCAGAGUUCCCCUCCGGACUGGGAACCCUGAGGCAUCUGGACCUGCUGGACCUGUCCCGCAACCAGAUCCACCUCGUCCCCGCAGAGGUUUCGGAGCUGCAGGCCAUCGAGAUCAACCUCAACCAGAACCAGAUCUCCGUGCUGUCGGCGGAGGUGUCUCGGUGUCCCCGUCUGAAGGUCCUCCGUCUGGAGGAGAACUGUCUGGAGCUGUCCUCCAUCCCUCAGUCCGUCCUGAAGGACUCCCAGGUGUCUCUGUUCUCUCUGGAGGGAAACCUGUUCGAGGUGAAGAAUCUCAGAGACCUGGAGGGAUACGACAAGGUCAGGACUACUUCCUGUCACGCAGCGAGACACCAUAUCAUAUUAAAUCCAGCGACAGUAACUAGAGUCUCUGGUGGUCUGUAAUGGUCUCUGGUGGUCUGUAAUGGUCUCUGUUGUUUCCUCCUCAGUACAUGGAGCGUUUCACGGCCACCAAGAAGAAGUUCGCCUGAAGACGCUCGACGGCGAGUCUGGACCCCAGAGCACCACCUGGAGGCGGGGUCAGCUGAGACUCCGCCCACCACCGUUGCUUCUUCUUCUUCUUCUGCUGCUAAAAACGGGCCUCACACAGCCGGGCCAGACCUCCUCGCGGCCCCCCCAGGCUGCCGGACCGCAGACUGAGACAGGCAGACGGCGUUAACACGAGAGAAGAAGAGAAGCGACACGUCUGAACGUUAUUCACAGAUUCUCCGAUCUUUAACUUUUACUGUUCGUCUCUUUCAAUGAUUCUUUAAGCCUCAGCGCGGCUGAUUCCCAGCAUGCAGUUCGCCGCCGCGGUUAAACGUCCGGAGCUCGUUUCCACCAGCAGGACGAAGAAAUGAAUCUCUGGCGGUUUUCAGUCUCUGGGAUUUGGACAAAAAUCAAGAAGUGGCAGAUUAAUCGAUAUGAAAAUGAUUAUUAGAAGUAAAAAUACUCAAAUUCAAAAUGAAGUAAGUGAAAAUCUGACUUGGUGUUUGAUAAUAGUUCUGUUUUGCAGUAAUCGGUAAAUAUUGCGAUAUCGAUCCGUUUUCUGGGAGAUCGGUUGAGAAAUGAUUGGUGGAUCAUUAUUGAACCUGACGGGCGCGAUGAGCAGAUUCAGUCUUUCAGAUAAUCGAUAGCAGCUGUCGUCGUUUCUCAGCCAGCGAGCGAUUCUCUUCCAGACGAAUGGACGGAGCUCCUGCGUGAGAUGAAACGCGAGAUCUGGUGGAAAUGAGUUUCUGGAUCCGAACCCUUCGCGGGGAAACGUCCGAUUUGAGCCGCAGUCAAAGUGAAGUCAUCGACCGGCCGCAGACUGCGGGAGUCGGAGAGUCGGAGAGUCGGUUUGUGCUUCUCGUCUUUAAACGCAGCGAACGAUGAACAGAGUUUGGUCCGGAGCAGAGCUCUGAUGAUUGUACUUCCUGUCCCGUUUAACGAGCACCGACUGCAGUUCAGACUGUUCGCUCUCACCUCCUGCUCGAAAGAAAUCAGCUGUUUGUGUUUUUGUCCCUUUUGCACUUAUUUUAACAAACUAAACAAACUGAAAGCUGAAACUGACGGAUUCUGCAGAUACGCAAGUUAUUAGCAGCAGCAGCAUUCAGUCUUUCAUUUCUCUUGUAUUUAUUAUCUGUUGCUGAGUGUUGGUAGUUUCAUCUGCAGCAAUAAAUGUUUUAAAAACUGA